AUGGAUGUCGUCUUUCGCGUGAAUUGCUCCUGCUCAGCACCAGGCGAGAAUGUCUUCAUCGUGGGCGCUUGCAAAGAACUGGGCGCCUGGAACCCUGCGGAGGGCCUGGCUUGUUUCACAUCCUCUGCGGCGUUUCCGCAUUGGACUUCCAAAGCUGUGAAGCUGCCAAUCGGCAGCAGGAUUGACUUCAAAGCGGUGAUCCGUGGCCACGGCGGCAACCGAUGGGAACAAGGGGAGAAUCGAAUCCUCCAGGUGGAGCUUCCGGCGGAUGCUGAGGCGAAGAAGAUGGUGAACCUCACCUUCGGGAAGCCUGGCAUCCAGGAUGAAGAUGCUGCUCAACCCGCCAGGGCCUCGGGCCCGGUUGCCUCGGGUUCCAUCAGAGAAGUUACGUGUGCAGGCCCCACUUUCAGGACACGGCCAGGCUUUGCCACAGGCCGGCCGGCACCUGUCCGGCUCGCGACCACCGCAUAG